UCUUUUUCACCACCAGAGACCAUGGACUUCAUGAGAUUGAUAGUGUUUUUCUGUCUAUUUAGUUGUGUAUCUGGGAUUGAACCAUUUUCAGCCAUUGGAGCUCUUGGAGCUACAGUGGUGGCGGGUGUAUGGACGGUUUUCACGCCAAUUAAAUGUCAUUUUAAAGAAUGUUGUACAUCAAAAUGGAUCAAUCUUAACACUACAGCUCUACGAGAAGAUCUUCAAAGUCGACUUUUUGGGCAACAUCUAGUGAUUGAUAUCAUCAUCAAGCAUAUAAAAGCACACAUGACAAAGGACCCAUCAAAAGCACUUACACUCUCCUUCCAUGGGGGCACAGGGACAGGGAAAAACUAUGUUAGCAAGAUAAUUGCAGAAAGUAUUUUCAAGAAGGGAAUGAGGAGCAGAUAUGUCCAUUUGAUAUCAGCAACUAAAGAAUUUCCACAUAAAGACAUGGUUCCUCUUUAUAAGGACAAACUGCGAGAUUUAGUAGAGAGCAGUGUAAAGGAGUGCCCCCAGUCUCUGUUUAUCUUUGACGAAAUUGACAAGAUGCCACCUGGGAUAAUUGACACUUUAAAACCAUACCUGGAUUAUUACGAGCAUCUUUCUGGCACAGACUACAGAAAGUCUAUGUUCCUUUUUCUCAGUAACACAGCAGGAGAAGAAAUAUCAAAACAUACCUUAAGCAGGUGGAAUUCCAGACAAGACAUAGGACUCCAUGAAAUGGAAGAAAUCAUCAGCAGGGCUACAGUCAACUCCAAAUCAAGUGGUAUGUACCGGUGUGACAUUAUAAUAAAGCACCUGAUCACAGCCUAUGUACCAUUUCUACCACUGGAAAGGAAACAUGUCCGGGAAUGUAUCAAAGACUUCCUAGUGGCCAAAAAUUACUAUAAACGGGACCAGAUACCAGAAGAUAUAGUAUAUAAGAUCUCCAAAGAACUGAAUUAUUAUCCACCUGAUUUGGAAGUUUUUUCUGUGACAGGAUGUAAACGAGUUCCAGAAAAGGUUGAUUACUUGAUGGACGAUGGACAGGACUGAGGGGAUCCGAAUGUUGACUUGAUGGACGAUAGACAGGACUGAGGGGACCCAAAUGUUGACUUGAUGGAUGAUGGACAGGACUGAGGGGAUCCGAAUGUUCUAGAUAUGAAUGUGUGUGUGUAUAGUUAAUACAAGUUGUGUGUGGUAAUAGAAUGUGAGAGUACAUCAGUAUUAAUAAUUUAUUGCUGCUCUGGGAAUAUGUUAUUACUAUAUCACUGCUAUUGAAUAGUAUUCAACAUUGAAGACUAUGAAGUGUAUGUAAAAUAAGAUUGAAACUCCAUCAACAUUUUGUAUCUGGUUAAUAGCUGUAUAAUUUGAUUUGAGUAAUAAAUGAUUAACCACUAACAAAAUUUAAAGGAAAUUAAAUGAAAAAGAAGGGUUAUUAUAGAGAAAAUACUAUGAAAUGUAAAUAAUAUAU